CGUUGACAGAUUCAUGUAGGAGAUCCAUGAAGAUGUGAUGGAGCAACAUUCUUUCAUUUCAGGUUAAUUCUGAGUCUAAAACUGGAAGCUAUUGAUCUGACAACAUGGCAUCUGGAGGACAUGGCCGAGGUCUUAGGAUUAUGCUGUUUGGAGGAACUCUCUCAAGCAAGACACAACUAUGUAACUUUGUCCUACAGAAAAAAAUUCUGAACAUUUCAUCCACAACUUUUCAAACCAAACUAGUGGAGCAGGGGUUAUGGAAAGGAAAGUUCUUAACUAUUUGGACACCUUCAGAAAGUCAGAUGGGAAAAGUCCUAAAAGAGGACAUUAGAAGCUGUGUCAAUCUUUGUCCUCCUGGACCAAAUGUUCUCCUGCUCUUGGUGAAUCCUUCAGACUUCACAGAGAAGGACAGCAGGUUUCUGAAGGCCACCCUUAGGUUAUUUGGAGAGAAUGCCUUUAAACACUCAAUGGUCAUCAUGACUGAAGAAUUGAAUGCAACAAGUUUUGCCUUUAAUUCACUAAUCAGAGAAUGUGAGGGUAGACAGUACAGCCUUAAUGAAAAUAAUCACCAGAAAUUAAUGGAGAAAAUUGAAGAUAUUGUGAAAAGAAACAGCAGUGCUUUCCUUAGCAUUAAAGAUGAUGAAGCAUCGAAAUGUGACCAGUCUCUAACAUCCUUAAAUCUGGUUCUUUGUGGGAGACGAGGAGCAGGGAAAACCUCAGCAGCCAAGGCCAUUCUAGGUCAGACAGAUCUUCCUUCAGCCUCCAGCUCAUCGGAGUGUGUUAGAAACCAGGGAGAGGUGUGUGGACGUUGGGUUUCUCUGGUGGAUCUGCCUGCCUUGUAUGGAAAAGCUCAGCAGGAAAAGAUGAAGGAAUCAUUCAGGUGUAUCUCCCUCUGUGAACCUGAGGGUGUUCACGCCUUCAUCCUGGUCCUACCUGUGGGUUCCCUCACUGAUGAAGACAAGGGAGAGUUACAGACCAUCCAGGACACCUUCAGCUCUCGGGUCAACAACAACACAAUGAUUCUGUUCACUACAGAUUUAGAUCCUGAACACCCAGAUGUGGUUAAGUGUCUUAAAAAAGAUAAGAACAUCAAGGAGCUAAUUAAGAGAUGUGGAAAAAGAAGCAUUGUUGUCAAGAGCAGUGACAAGAAGCAGUUCUCUAAAGUAAUAGAUUUUGUAGGGAAAAGGGAACAAAGCUGCUACACAAUAGAAACCCUCUUUGAAGCUUACUUGGAUAAAAUCUUAAAACAAGAGGAAAACUUCUCCGGACUACAUACAAAAUCUUAUGGGUCCAGUGGAGAUAAAGACAAGUGGACAAAUGAGUGCCUCAGGAUAGUUCUGAUUGGGAAGACUGGUUGCGGGAAGAGCUCUUCAGGAAAUACUAUCCUUGGUAGAAAAGAGUUUGAAGCUGACAUAAGCCAAAAAUCAAUAACGAAAAAUUGUAAGAAAUCAAUGGGUGAGGUGGAGGGCCGUCCUGUUGCUGUGGUGGACACUCCUGGUUUGUUUGAUGACAGUUUAACACAAGAAGAAGUGCAGCUAGAAUUGGUCAAAUGUCUUAGCCUUCUGGCACCGGGUCCACAUGUCUUCCUGGUAGUGGUACCAAUUGGAGGAAGACUCACACCAGAAGAGAAAGAGACAUUAAAACUUAUUAAAGAAGGUUUUGGGGGGAAUUCUGAAAAGUACACCAUCAUCCUUUUUACCAGAGGAGAUAUGAUAAAGGAUAAGCAGUCCAUAGAUGAUUAUGUAGAAAAAAACUGUGAUGAUUCCUUCAAAAAGAUUAUUGAUGACUGUGGGGGAUACCAUAUGUUUGACAACAAUGACACUCAAAACCGCAGACAGGUUAUAGAGUUGUUCAGAAAGAUUGACAACCUGGUGGCUAAAAAUGGAUGCUUUACCAAUGAGAUGCUGCAAGAGGCUGAAACAGCCAUACAGAACCAAAUUCAACAAAUCCUUAAGGAGAAAGAUGAAGAAAUGCAGAGAGAAAGGACAGAAUUAGAAGAAAGACAUCUACAGGAGAAGGAGGAGAUGGAAAGAAAAAUGAAGGAAGAAAGAGCAAAAUCUGAAAAUGAGAUGAAGGAGAAAGAAGACAAAAUUAAGGAGAUUGAGAAAAAGCUACAGCAGGCUGAAGAAGAAAAAAAUAAAGAACAUGAACGGAGAACAAAGGAAGAAGCUAAAUGGAAAGAUGAGAAAGAAGCCUUGAUGAAUGCUUUUGAAUCAGCAAGUAUAUCUAAAGAAUUUGCUGAUUACUAUGCGAACGACCAAAACCAAUCAAAAGGUAAAAAGAAAACUCUAGAAGCCUUGGAAAAAGAGAUGGAAACUUUAAGACAUAAGUGGGAAAAAGAGGACAAAAAGAGGGAAAAGGAAAACGAAAGACUUAAACAGGAUUAUGUAAAGAUAAAAGAAGAUUAUACAAAACAAAAGGAGGAGGAUGAAAGAAGAAAAGAGAAGGAGGUAAUGGACAUACAGAAACUGGAUGAUGUGUACAGGCAGGAGUUAGACAAACUUAAAGAAAGAUAUGAGGAAGAAGCCAGGAAGAAAGCUGAAGAGCUCAAUGAAUUUAAAGACAAAUAUUUUAAAGAAUUUGCAGCUCAGAUGCUACAGCAGCAUGAGAAGUAUAAUAUGCUAAGGGCCCUCAAAGACAUGAAUGACAACAAACACAGAAAAGAAAUUGCUGAUUUAGUGAAAUGCAUCACUAAAAAGAAAGAGAAUGUGAAAAAACUGAAGGACAUGCUGUCAAAACAAGAAGAGGAGAUGAAAAAGGCCAAAAGUCUACAAGAAAUCAAAAAACAGGGGGAAGAACACAACAAAGAGCUAAGUGAUCUGAUUCAGCAGCUUUUGACUGAAAUGGAUGAAAAAACUGGCUGUGUUAUUUCAUGAAAUAAGACAGAUUGUACUAACAGGACAGACUGAACAGUUCAUCCCCAUCAGGCUUUAUACUAACGGUAAUCAGGAAUCUGUAUAAGGAAGAAAACCUGCUGAUUUCUAUUAAAAACAUCCCUCUCUGUAGCAAUAUUAACAUAGGCAAUUUCUUAUGUUUUCAAUAUCUAGUGGAGAAAAACAUCUGUUCAUUUGAAUUUUUUCAAUCAAGAGGUUUAACUCAUGAUAUAUGUCUGGUGUUAUCCAGUGUAAAAAAUAUAGUAGAACCUAUGUGAUUCCAAAAGGAAAUAAAUGUUGUCAUAAGCCUUUUCCUCAACAAAUGAUUGUAGAUGUUAUAAGCUGUUAUUUUUUACUUGUUUCUUUUUCUUCUCAAGUCUACAAUCAUCUCCAUGGCUUUAUCAAACUUGAAGAUUAUUGUUUACAUUUUAUGCCACAAAGCAGUUUACCAGCUUCCUGUACUCAGCUUCUUGUCCAUCCUUCAUAAACCCAAUGACUGAGUAGCCCGAAUAUUUCUGCAAAGUUCUGCCGACUGGACUGAAUGGGGGUGCCAAUAUCUGGACAUAGUGUCUUACGUCUUGCUCAUACUAAAAGCAGUGUGAGCUGUUGGGCAGGAAUGGUGGAAAAAAUCACAGUCAAGAAGUUGUGACAAGACUGGCCCAGCUAUUUUUCUCAUUUGUCAAAUUAGUUAGUUUGGUGGAUUGAUUUUACUCUGAAAUUCACCAGGGUUUGAUUUUUGUCUUUGCCAAGACACCUGACCUUUCCUGUUCACCACAUGAAAUUCUGGAGCUUAAUGAGGAGUCUGCUGUGACAUUUUGUCCAAUUUCUUUCUUAGCAUAAUGUUCAGCCGCAUGGCCUGGGUAUCAACAACUAGAAAAGAGGAGCAGCACAGUAUUUUCAUUUGUUUGAGCACAAACACAUAGAAGUAGGACGU